AUGGUCGCAGAGGGCGCUGCUCGCGUCCUGCUCGAGUUCGUCGUGCCGCACAACGCCUACACCUACCAGACGUGCUCCGGAGGUGGCGCCCCCGGAGGCGGGACGCCGCACUGCAACAAGAUAGGAUUCGUCUCGCUACAGGUGGACCCGCCAGACAGAAACACGAUCACCGUCAUCGUCGGCGACAGUCUUACCUCCGAUAACUUCCUCGCACCGAACGUCACAUUCAGUGCCAAUCUAGAGCGAGUGUUCUUCGACUUUGGCAUCGUGCGAAAUGUGGAGGACGGCGUGCUGAACGCUGCCGAUACGAUUCUCAUCAAGAUACCGAUCCUGAUCAGACAGGGUUAUAACCGCGUCGGUCAAGUGCUGCCUUUCCGCUCCAUCGCUAACCAGACGCUGCUGCCACUACCUACGUCCGUCAUCGCCGACCUCACCUUGCUCGUCAUCGGACCCGACCUGAGCAUCUACACGCAGGCGCAGCCGCUUAGCGACAUCGAGGCGGGCACGGUCGUCAACUUCACGACAACUUUCUUCCAUUCGACGGCCUCUACCGAGAACAUCGUGCAACUCCAGGUUUGGGCGAAAACGCAAGACGCUGGUAUGCGCAUGCUACCCGAAGUCAUCUACUUCUUCUCUGGAAGCCAAGACAUGCCUUACAGAGUGACCGCUGCUGAACUAGAGAGCGGUAUCAAAAUAGGCUUCCUGAACCAGACCGACUGGAUGCGGCUGUUGUUUCAGGUGCGUGCCACGAAUUCCCUGCUCAUUAAUUCCCAUCCCGCCGUGCGGAUCGAUGCUAGCUUCAGCGGUGAACGGGAGAGGAAGAUAUCGAAAUCUUAUACGACGGUGUCAACGAGAACGGUUGCUGCCAAAAACCUUCUCUACCGUUCAGACAUCGGGUUCCGCACAGGGAUCCGCGUGGACGAGCCUGUCACUAUCACCCUGACCAUGAACAUGCCCUUGGGCACGCUGAACGACCUCAGCAUCAGAGCAGAGUUUAAGUCUAGCGACUUUGAUGAGAUACCGAUCGUCAUGAUCAACAGCGAGGUGCAGUCGUCUGCCAGCAUUCACUUUGGCCCCGAUGCUGCUAACUCGACUGGCUUCUCUGUCCGCGCAAUGCCAAAGCCGUCCAGUUUGUCACGGCGGGAUGUUACAGAGAGCGUGGCCAACCAUGGAUGCCCGCGGUGUGAUAACUCGGUGAAGCAGGAGGCGACGGAGCAUCGCAUCAAGAAGAGGCAGAUCCAGUCUAGUCUAUAUAUUGUCCGCUGGAUCGGAGACGUUCUCAAUCCGUCACUAGGUGGCACCAGUUAUGACGCAUUUAAUAUCACAUUGCAGUUCAUAGUUCCAGCCUCGGAUGCUGUCCGGCACGGUCAGCUACUCAGCUUCAUGCCCACCAUGGUGUUUAGCGGACGACCGUUCGACUUUGGCCGCCAUACUUUCAUGAUAGUCGAGCCGCGGUUGGAAAUCAUUAAAACAAUGCAGUACACCGAUGAUUCACUUCCCAACGAGAUUUACAUGAACGUAUUGGUGAGUCACCAGGAGGAGUCGUCCGCCCCGGCUUUCGACAUCUACGUGCAGGAUAACUACAGGGGCAUGCGCAUCAAAAACUACACCAUGUACAUGCCAGAUGGCAGCACUGGCAACCUAACUGUCGAAGCGGACUCGUUCGACUUCUUCGUCGACACUCUCGCAGUUGGAAAGAGCCUGCUGCUCUCCUAUUUGGCUUCUCCGCAGGAGGCAUUGAACCAGGAGACGGCCGCCAAUAGAAGUUACAACUUUAACGCAUCCAUGCUUUAUCGCAGCAUUCGGCCCAGCGAAGCACUCAGCCCAGAGUUUCCGGGACGAAAGUAUGGACCUGUGGAAACGACAGUAUGCGUAGAGACCAGGCAUGAGUCUGUCAAACAGCUUCAGCUACAGCACGGCUACACGGUGCUGGCUGUCAUCAUGGCCAUACUGCUGGGCUUCAUCGUUAGUUUGCUCUUCAUGUACGUGGUGAGUCGAUCUGACACAUGCCGACGCUGCCUGCAGGGGCGAUGUCGGCAACACCAACGCAGGGUGCAACCAUCUGACGUUGCACAGGAUGACGAACAGACAGAUAUGUUGGCAGGAGAGCCACAAGUUUCGAAUCUGACAAUCAAUAGUGUCGUGGAUCCAGAAGAGAGUAUCGAGCCACUACUAGGGCUGGGUGACAGGUUGCAGAAACAGAAGGACCUCGAUUCAUUGGAUAUCGCCUGUAGUAAGCAGCGGGACAUCGUACUGGAGGAGCAGCGAACCCAGGCUGUGCUAGAUGCGACUAACAUAAUGAUUGGAAACAUGCAAGCACGCGGGGAGGUAUCGCCUAGCGUAGCCGCCAGGUGUAUGGCAGCGUUUCAGGAGUACUGGCAGCUAAGUCAGGAUAGGUUGAGAGCGCAGCAUCAGCAACAGAUGAGUGCCACGCUCGUUGACAACAACCGCAGCAGCAAGGCAGCUCAAGAUGAGAUGACGUCACGACAUGAACAAGAACGACUUGAUUUAACGUCUAAACUGGACUCACUCGUAAUAGGCGAUGAGGAAAAAACAGAGCUGGUCGAUCUGCAGCAGCAGCAGCACGAGGCAGAGCGGAGAGAGCUUCAGUACAAUCUCCUACUGCAGCAGGAGCAGGCACUGCAGCAACUCUGCCAGGUUCUCUGA